CGUCCAGCAGCUGAUCGGUGAUCCAGAAGAAGUUUCCCCUCAGUUAGGGGGGAGCUCCACUUUGAAGCAGGAGACUCCACAACCACCCUGCAUUAAAAAGGAAGAGGAGGAACUCUGCAUCACUCAGGAGGGAGAGUGUCUUCUAGGACGAGAGGAAGCUGAUUACACCAAGUUUCCACUGAGUAUUCUCUCUGUGAAGACUGAAGAUGAUGAAGAGGUACCACAAUUAGACAACCUCUUAGCUCCACUAUCAGAUAGUGAGGCUGAAGACGAGGUUGAAGAACCUUUGAGCAAGGAUAAAGACUGUGAAGGUGAUAUGAGGACUCACACUGACAACAAACACUCUGAAUGCUCUUCAAAGAAGAGAGGUAAAACAUGUUUGAAAUGCUCAGUUUGUGCUGAAAGUUUUACUAAAAAAAGCAAUUUGACUCAACACAUGAGAACACACACAGGGGAAAAAACAUUUAUUUGUUCAGUUUGUGGCAACAGCUUUUCUCAAAAUAGCUCUUUGACUCAACACAUGAGAAAACACACAGGAGAAAAACCAUUUAAUUGUUCAGUGUGUGGCGAAAGCUUUUCUCAAAAUGGCAAUUUGACUCGACACAUGAGAACACACACCGGUGAAAAACCAUUUAAUUGUUCAGUUUGUGGCAACCGCUUUUCUCAAAAUAGCUCUUUGACUCAACACAUGAGAACACAUACAGGACAAAAGCCAUGUAAUUGUUCAGUUUGUGGCAAAAGCUUUUCUGGAUAUGGCAAUUUGACUCGACACAUGAGAACACACACAGGUGAAAAACCAUUUAAUUGUUCAGUUUGUGGCAACCGCUUUUCUCAAAAUAGCUAUUUGACUCAACACAUGAGAACACAUACAGGACAAAAGCCAUGUAAUUGUUCAGUUUGUGGCAAAAGCUUUUCUGGAUAUGGCAAUUUGACUCGACACAUGAGAACACACACAGGUGAAAAACCAUUUAAUUGUUCAGUUUGUGGCAACAGCUUUUCUCAAAACAGCUUUUUGACUCAACACAUGAGAACACACACAGGAGAAAAAACAUUUCAUUGUUCAGUUUGUGGCAACAGCUUUUCUCAAAAUUGCUCUUUGACUAAACACAUGAGAACACACACAGGAGAAAAAACUUUUAACUGUUCAGUUUGUGGCAAAAGCUUUCCUCAAAACAGCUCUUUGUGUCGACACAUGAGAACACACGCUGGAGGAAAACCAUUUAGUUGUUCAGUGUGCUGUAAAAGGUUCCAGCAUAAUGCAGACGCUGUGAAACACAUAAGAACACACAAGGGAAAAUAACCAAUUAGCUGUUUAGUGUGUGGAAUGUUGCUCAUAUGUGGUGACAUCCACCCUACCCAGGACCUCCUCACUGCUUCUUUCACAAAUAUCUGAGGUAUUCAUACAAACUUGGAUUAUUUGGAGCAUAAUCUUAUCCACUCAUGACCCCAUGUCUUCUCUGUAUCUGAAACCUUCCUGAACAGUAAAUAGAUGAUGCUUCAAGUGCUUGGUUACGCCCUCUUCAGUCCAGGGACC